UUUAUAUCCCCCGCUUCCUCUUUCUUCCCCACAAUUAUCCUCCUCCACACAUCCAUGGGCAGAUCUCCUUGCUGCGAGAAAGAGCACACCAACAAAGGAGCCUGGACCAAAGAGGAAGACCAACGCCUCAUCAACUACAUCAAGGUCCAUGGCGAAGGUUGCUGGAGAUCCCUCCCCAAAGCUGCUGGCUUGCUUAGAUGUGGCAAGAGUUGCAGACUCCGAUGGAUUAACUAUCUCCGACCUGAUCUCAAGCGAGGCAACUUCACUGAGGAAGAAGACGAGCUCAUCAUUAGCCUCCACAGCCUCCUUGGCAACAAAUGGUCUUUAAUCGCGGCGAGGUUACCGGGCAGAACCGACAAUGAGAUCAAGAACUACUGGAACACCCACAUCAAACGCAAACUCUACAGCCGCGGUAUUGACCCCCAAACGCAUCGACCGCUCAACGCGGCUGCCGCAGCAACCACCGAUACCGGUGCCGUCGUCAGCAGCAGCAACGACGGCGGUAAUAACAAUAACAGCAAGUUCCAGUUGGUGACUGAGUUGGGUAGCGCCAACAACAAUAAUGCUACAAAGAUCGUAAAAACCGAAUCGCCCUGCGAGGACUCCAACAGCAGCAGUGGGGUUACCACAGAAGAAGCCGCCUGUGCACAUGCUCAGCUCAACUUGGAGCUCACCAUAGGCCUUCCCUCUGAUCAGCCUUCUUCUGUAAACCAGGACAAGUUUAAACAACGACAGCCACAAGAGCAUCCUCGGCCAGAACAAGUGUUGUACCACUGGUAUGGCAACUUUAGUAGUGCUGGUCAAGGUGUGUGUUUGUGUUACGGUCUAGGGUUUCAAAGUAAGGAUCAAGCAUGUAGCUGCAAAUUAGCCAUGGGUGCUGUCGUGGUUGCUCCUAAUGCUAGUAGCCCUCCUACUGUUACUGAAACUGCGACCGAUACCAUGUAUAGAUUUUACACCCCCAUGAAUAUUUAGAGAGAGAGAGAGAGCUUUUAAUUAGGAAUCAUUUGGGUACUAAUCUCAACGCUUACUUUGUAAUGUUGUGGUUAUUACAUGUUAGUUGCAAAAUGAUCAAUUAAAAUAGACGCUCUGCAGAAUUCCUUGGAAUUCUCAGAUAUAAUUUUGGGUCCAUACA